AUGUCCGAUCCGCGUCUUUCCUCUCCCCAAAUUCAGAAAAUGUCAAAAUCUCCAUCUUCCUCCUCCAAGACGCGCUCAUCUUCUUCCAAGUCGCGUUCAUCAUCAUCUUCUUCCAAGUCGCGUUCAUCAUCAUCCUCUUCCAAGUCGCGUUCUUCCUCUUCCAAGUCGCGUUCUUCUUCUUCCAAGACGUUAUUAGACGAAUGUAUUGAACAAUUAACACAAAGGUGUUCCGAGGAAUGGAAUAAAUUGAGUGAACUGCAGAAGCGCGCGGCAGAAUGCAAACAAGUUGAUAAAUCGAAUACGGAAAAGAGAUUGGCAAAUCUAAGAGCUGAAGAACAAAGGUUGAUAUUUGAAUUGGAGAUUGCUGAGAAAGAUGCAAAGGAACCAAAUAGAUAUUCUCAAGUAAUAAGUCAAAUAAUGAUCAAAAAGCAACUCUAUGACAAUAUCCAACAGUAUAAGCAAGCCCUACCCCAAUUGCGUGAACAAUUACAAGAGACAAAGGAACAGCUGAAAAGAGAUCAGGAAACCCUAGCUGAGAAUGAAGCAAUAAAUGUAAUGUUGAGGGGAAAACUUGACAGUCUAAAAGGAUGGUAUGAAAAUCCUCUUGAAGCAGAGGCUGCUAAAUUGGAAAAACUGAGAAGUCAGCUAAACAUAGCAAACGAAGACAUAACUAUCUUGAUGGAAGAAUUGAUUGCAUUUUUGGAUACGCAUUUUCCUCCUGCUACAGUUAAGAAACAUGGCAGUGAUGAUCAAGUUAUUACUGCAUCACUAAAAGAAGUGCUUGAGGAAUUUAUGAACAAAUCAUUCUCAGACCCUGAACUAUAUAUCCAAUUUGAUGCUGAACAUGUCUGGUUACCACAUAUUGAAUUACUUAUUCGUGCUGGUAUUGCAAAACAACAUCCAGAAGAUGCUUACAAAAUUAGGCUUAUCAAUUUUCAUUCAUAG